AAGCACGAUAACUCGCUACCUGCACAACAAUCUAACUCCACCCGUGAGAGAGAAGCGGAGCGGAGAAACAGGUUUCUAUCCAACCUGGGUGGUUGAUUCAUCGUUGUUGAUAUCGUGUUCUCGGGGAUUCUCCCGCCGCAAUAGAGGAGCUUUUAAAAUGUCUCGCGUGUCUGUGUAGUUAGUUGACACGCUUUGCUUCGCACAUAACCACUUCGGAUAAUCCCAACGACGACCGCAAACCGGUCAGACGAACGGACGGACGACGGCCAUCAGUCGACCGCUACCGGUCUUCAGAUCGUGAACUGACGGUAGCUUUAAUUCGUGGUGUACGGGAAUAACUGCAACGGCUUUGUGAACUCAAUCAGUUGCUAAUUGGAUAUUACGGUGCAUUGACUGAGUUUUGUAAACAUUUUCUUGAGAUGUUGCUUUGGACGGUGUUGGCUUUGAUCGGGCUUUGGGGUGAUGCCGCUGCGCAAACCGAGUAUCGAGGAGCGUGUAAUACACCGGUGAAGGAGCCGGGGACCUGCGUUCUGGUAGCGGAGUGUGACUUCAUUCGGCGGGUUUUGGCCAAGCCGAUCUUGGAAAAGAACGACAUUCGCUACAUCGAGGCCAGUCGAUGUGGGUCUUACGAGAGAAAGGCACUCGUCUGCUGUGCUCGUCCUACCAUACCGACGUCCAGUCCUGCACCGAGUUCACCUGUUAUCAGCGCCAAUGACAAUGUAGACAAUCGCUUCAGCUCCGGUUUAACGUUGAACGACCGGCUAAAAUUGCUUCCGCAAGCACCGCAAUGUGGCGUACAGUACGAUGAUCGAAUUGUCGGUGGAGAACGUGCCGGUAUUACGGCCUAUCCAUGGAUUGCCCGAAUCGAACACUUCGAUCAGCGAAGCAAUAAGCAUGCGUUCCACUGUGGGGGAUCGUUGAUCAGUGAGCGAUACGUGUUGACGGCGGCCCAUUGUUUGUCCGGUGUUCCCAAGACGUGGACCAUGUGAGUAUAGAUCGGUUUUAUUUUGGUUGAAACAGAUUGUGU